UUCACCCCUUUGAGAGUGUCCAUCAAUCUGCAUAAUUCCAUCGACAAAAUGGAGGGUUUGGUUUUUAUGCGACCCGCGCUUCCAUCUCUCACUCACAGACCCAACCAAUUCUCUAUCAGGAGGUCCAUUCCAGGAACUCCGAUGGACUUUCAUAUACGAAAUUCGGGUCCUUUUGCUUUUUCCUCAAUCAGAGCUCAACAGCUAGAGUCCAAGGAUGGCUCUGCUACAGUUUCAGAAGCAGCUGUAUCCGAAGAAAAUGCUCUCAAAAUCAAGGAGUGGGAAGUGGGAAUGUUCCACAAUGAGGUAGCUGCUACCCAGGGUAUAAGAAUUAGGAGGCGGCCUCCGACUGGACCUCCUUUGCACUAUGUGGGACCUUUUGAGUUUCGGUUGCAGAAUGAGGGCAAUACUCCUCGCAAUAUUUUAGAGGAAAUCAUUUGGAACAAGGACAAGGAAGUCUCACAAUCUAAAGAGAGAAGGCCUCUCUCGUCACUGAAGAAAUACCUCGACAAUGCUCCUCCCACUAGGGACUUUAUUGGAGCUCUUAAGGCAGCAAAUAUACGAACCGGACUUCCUGGAUUGAUUGCUGAAGUGAAAAAGGCUUCUCCAAGUAGAGGAGUUCUGAGAGAGGAUUUUGAUCCAGUUGAAAUUGGCCGAGCUUAUGAGCGAGGUGGAGCAGCUUGUCUCAGUGUUUUGACAGAUGAGAAGUAUUUUAUGGGAAGCUUUGAAAAUCUGCAGUUGAUAAAGAAUGCUGGAGUCAAGUGCCCUCUACUGUGCAAAGAAUUUGUCAUAGAUGCAUAUCAGAUCUACAAUGCUCGAAUAAAAGGUGCAGAUGCCAUUCUUUUAAUUGCUGCUGUUUUGCCUGAUCUUGACAUCAAAUACAUGAUUAAGAUCUGCAAGAUGCUUGGUUUGGCAGCACUUGUCGAGGUUCAUGAUGAGAGAGAGAUGGAUCGAGUUCUUGGAAUAGAAGGGGUUGAGCUUAUUGGCAUUAACAACCGCAAUCUUGAAACAUUUGAGGUUGAUAUAAGUAACACAAAGAAGCUUCUCGAAGGGGAGCGGGGUCAAAGGAUCCAUGAAAAAGACAUAAUUGUAGUUGGGGAAUCUGGGUUGUUUACUCCCGAUGAUAUUGCUUUUGUACAAGAAGCUGGUGUUAGAGCGGUUUUGGUUGGAGAGUCGAUUGUGAAACAAAGUGAUCCUGGGAAGGGGAUAACCGGACUUUUUGGCAAAGAUAUUUCAUGCUCAUGAAGAUUCUGGAGUUGCAAUGUUAUUAACAAAAAUAUAUUUCUGCACCUUUUGUUUUCCGGCGUAUACCCAUGCAGUUUUCUCAAGUGCGGUGGACUUUUGAGUAGCUGAAAAAUAAGUAGUGUUCUUGUGUAGGUCUAAAAAUUGCUAUAUAUACUUCUUUUUUUUAAAUAUAUUUGUAAAAUGUUAAAACUGUUUGGAGUUCA